AUGGGAAUCUUGAAAGGUAAAGAUACGGCUUUAGAACAUAUUGAAAAGUCGAAAUUGGCUUUUCUGGCAACGUUAUGUGAAGUGAAUAAGGGACCAGCAGAGAAUGCAAUGCCCCCCAAAGAUCAUUUCAUUCUCAAGUUUAAUCGAGAUUCCAUUCGGAAUUUGAAAGGACGUGUCUACGAAACUAUGAAACAAUAUGCUUAUGAACAACUAGGUUCGUUAUUUCUUUAUCGUUCGAAUAUGAUCUCAUUUGAAAUUCUAUUGACAGGUGAAAGUAUUCCGGCAUUUUUCAAUGCCAAGGAAACUGAAAGUGGUCUCAUCAAUCCGACCAAACCACCAGUACCAAUUGUCGGUCGUCAAUAUGUCGCUUGCAUUUAUGAGGAUCUCAAACGAAUCAAUUGUUUGAUUGAAAUUGGUUGGAAUGAAGUCGACGAAUUAGUUAAAAUUGCCAACUCUCGACGCAAAUCCGUCGUCUAA